GGGAUCAUUUGAUUUCAUUUUUCAUUUGUACUGAAGUAUUUUGUAAAGUAAUAUUUGAGUGGGCAGGUUUUCUUUGUUUUACAGCAAUAAGGCCUGAACGUUGUCGUCAUUUAAUUCAUGCAAAAAUCUUAAUUCCACAUUUUAUCUCAUGAAACAAACAACUGUUUAUCUGUUUAUUUUGUGAAACAGAAAUAGUUUUCAUUCAUGCAUUUAUUUGCUUUGUUUUAAAAUAAACACGUUUCUGAGGAGACUGAUCUGAGCUUGUUUACGACCCAGGAACGGGAACCAGGCGGAACCAACGGCAGCACGUGAAGGAGAGGUCGGGAGGUUUUCGAGGUGGCGCAUGUCAAGCUAAGAGGCUAGGUGGUUAGCAGUCAGUAGAGUACAGUCAGAGUUACAGACGGUGAUAAAAUAGAACCGGUCCGAGUCCGUCAAAGCCGUUCGCUCGUCUCCGUGUUGACGUGAACGCGCUGAAAAUGGCGCCGCCGCCGUGUGACUGCGCGUCCGCGGCCGUCUGGACCUGAUCAACUCUUAUGCUAACGUUAGCCUGUUAGCAUCCCUGGUUGUUUACUGCACCUGCCUCCUGCGCCGCCCGGUCCUCCGCCGCUCGUCCAGUCGGUUUAACGGAGUCUGUGAAGCUAACAAGGAUGUACCUGGUGGGACUGACGGGAGGGAUCGCCUCAGGAAAAAGCACCGUGUCUUCAAUGCUGCGGGAGCUCGGCUGCCCUAUCAUUGAUGCUGAUGUUGUGGCCAGGAAAGUCGUGGAGCAGCACACGCUCGCCUAUUCCCGCAUCGUCUACCACUUCGGCCCGGAGAUUCUGCUGGAGAACGGGGAGAUCGACAGGCAGAAGCUGGGCCAAAUCAUCUUUGCCAACGAGGAAAAGAGGAAGCUGCUGAACUCCAUCACUCACCCAGAGAUUCACAAAGCAAUGCUCAAAGAGAUCCUGUUCUACUUUCUCAGAGGGUACCGCUACGUGGUGCUGGACGUGCCCCUGCUCUUUGAAACCAGACGCCUGACUCAGUUCCUCAACCACACUGUAGUAGUUUACUGUGACCCUGCCACUCAGUUGUUGCGCCUGAUGCAGAGGGACGGCCUGACCCAGGAGCAGGCCGAGCAGCGCGUGGCGGCCCAAAUGCCGCUCAAUGAAAAGCGCGGCUUGGCCAAUCACGUUAUUGAGAACUCGGGCGGCCGGGAGGACACCCACCGGCAGGUCCUGCGGCUCCACACAAAGCUGGAGGACUCCAUGGACUUCCUCUUAGUCAGGGUCAUCGCCAUCGCUGCCACCGCUGGUCUGGGUGGGAUUCUGCUCUACGCAGCGAAAAUACUUUUAUCCUAACAGACGAAAGGAAGACGAGGGGAAGAAAAGGGUUUGGUGGAAGACGGGGUCAAAUACGAGGGUGUGAGCAGAAUGAGGCCGAGGCAGGUCGGAGGUACCGAUGCAAUUUACUGUGAAAUUAGUUUCACAGCACCCAGCAGUACAGCACAGCGGUGUGACGUGCUCUGGUGACAGCUGACACAGACGUACGUUACCGAUGAAGCUCACGCUGACGAACGUGGCCGCGUGAGAAAGUUUUUUUAAUGUGCAAUUUCUGUCGGUUUUUACCCAAAACUAUGAAGGUGAUCCAGUGGAGGCUCAGUUCUCAGAGUGACGCUCUCAGCAGCGACGGAAGGAGCCGAGACGCUGGCACCGUCUCUGUACUGGUGUAGCCAUCAACGCUAACUCAUAGGAACUAAAACAUGUCAACACGACUGACACUGGAGAAGUUUUAUUUUGUUAAACCUUUUACAACAUAUUUAGACAUUUCAGUGAUCGUAUAGAUUCUGAAUACAAACAUUAGAGAGAUGAACAUUAGCUUUUAUGUAUUUGGAACAAACUCUCGCUUCUAUUUUAGUAAAAACAAAGUCAGUGCUAGCCCCAGUCGAGAAUAUGAUUAAACUUAAGCUCUUAAUAGAAAAUCUAAUGAAAGCGCUCAGUAGGAAUGAUGUGAUGCUUACAAACUAGUGACGCGAUUGUAAAACGGAGAUAUAUUACAGAAUGUAUUUGACAAUCCAUUUUUAAUGGGAACAGUAGGAACUAACAGAUUUCAUAUUGAUCACGGUAUUUUCUUACACUUGAAGCUGUCCUCUGUAAAUACAAAGUCUGUGAUUUCUUUUUUUCUCUUUGCACAUUUGUGACUAAAACACGUUUGUAACUUUAUGCCUAAUGAAAUAAAAACGACCUGUUUGAAAGGAUCAGAAGUGCA